AAACUUUUCCUCAAAAUUAGUUUUCAUGAUCGUUACAUGAAGUUUAUUUCUUUUUAUGUUGUUUACUGGCGAAGAGCGUGAGGAACCGAAGAAAAAAUCUGUUGUCAAAACAGCACUUUUAGCCAUCUCAGUGAGUCACAAAUUCUAACCUAAGGUAAAUUUAAGCUGAUUAGCAUCCGUUUCUGGAGAGUUAGGAUAGUGCUGAGUGUUUCUCGGUGCAACGCCGUAAGCAAAAGAACUUUUGAUUCCGAAAAUCUCUUGAAGUGCCUAAUCCAACAAAAAUCAACGAAUUUACGAUCGAAAUCAAUCGAUUGAGUUCGAUUACUGAAUGUUUCUUUGGUUACGCUAGGUAAAAAUAUUUAGAAUACUUGGAGUUAGGUCAACUCGUUUUCAGUGUUUCUAUGACUAAUUUAUGAAUAUUAAGUAUAGAGAAAGCGCCUUGAUGAACAGGUUGGAGUGUAUUCCCUUGUUAUCCAUCAGGAUGGCCGAGUGGUUUGCCAUUCACAACCAGUUUUGGUAAAAUUUCCGCACAGCCCAUACUACAUUGUGCAUUCAGUUCUUGGAUAGAGAAAACAAUGACAAAAACAAUACAUUGCCAUUGGGAAAACAGAUUUGUUUUACAAUAGUAUGGGGCUGUGCGGAAAUUUUACCCCAGUUUUUUAUGUAAUAUAUUGCCUCUGGAUAAUUAUGAAUAUGAGAGGGCAAGGGCUCGAGGACUUCACCGUGAUUUGAGUAUUAAGCAUACUCUUUCAAAAGGUUAAACACUGCCCCCUCCCCCUCCCCCCUCACCAUAACCAUUACCACCACUACUCUCCUCUCAGUCUUAAUUAGCCCCUUAAAUGAAUGCACUUGUUCACAUAGGCUCAUUGUAAAUUCAGCUCAAAUCAGGCAGAACAAGCUAAAAAGGGGACCAUUUAGGGUUUUCUAGAGUGAAUGAAGGUCUGCUGACAACAGCUGAUCAGUGUUAAUUGCUAAGCUUCUUUUUCUUCUCCAUGUCAAAUUCUACCUCAUUUCUGGGAAGAUUAUUCCAUUCAUCAUAAUCCAAUAUAUUGCAAUCUAUAAAUGAUAAUCAUAGUGUGUUCUUUAUCUGCUUAGAGACAUCAUGUUUGAAGAAGCAGUUGCUCAUAUUUUCAGAGGAUUUACAGAUAUUGUAUCUGGUCUGCACAUGUCAGCAUUGCAUACACCAUCAUUUUUAGACAUUGCCAAGUACUUGAUUAUCUUCCUGGUUGGUCCUAUGACUGCAGUGAUUGCCUAUGAUCAAUUCUUUCCCAUCUUUGAAGGAGUAAAUCUUUAUUUAGUAAUAGUUAUUUGCACACUAAUUCUACUUGUGACUCCAGCAUUGUUAUUUGGUUUCUUUCAUUAUUUUGGUGGGCAUUGGUUACUUAAUUGGCAUAUGAAAAAGACUUCGAGAUAUUUAGAUUUUUGCAGAAUGCCAAGGGAGUAUAUAGCAUCACUGUUGCCUAAAGAUACUUGGAAAUGGCAAUAUAGACUGGUAGGAAGCUCUGCAGAUCAUGGAUUUGGAUUUUUCCCUUUGCUGAACUUAAAUUCUGGGAUACUCCCAUGGUCAAAUCCAAUAAUUGUGCAAGACGUGGAUGUGAAUGUGUUCUAUAAGCCAUUACAUAUCAGCAUGGACCAGUUAAUUCCCACAAUGCCAGGUUAUUGCCAAGUUGUCAUUGAUGGAUUUAUCGAAGAUGCAUUUUUGAAGGAUUGUAUUGUGAAAGGAGGAAAACAAUCUUUUCUUUCUGGAAGACUGGUUUCACAGAAAAUUGGAACAGAAUUUUUGGAUGGGAAUAUUGAAUUUAAUUAUCCAGCAAUAACAUUCAAAACAAUUUUGGAUGGCCCUUGGGGAAAGUUUAGGUUUGAUUGUGAUGUUGUCUUUGCAGUCAAGAUCCAUGACUCUGCUGCAGUAUUUUACGAUUGGUGCUGGCGAGUGGAGGACACUUUCCCACUGCAGCUGCUUGACAGAAUCAGAACUGGGGGAUGCUAUGUGGUUCACAAGCAUUGUGCAGGGAAUCACUUAUGCCAUGACUUUGAUUGGCGAAUUACAUUUGCACAGGCUGAGUCUGAACUCUUUGAGUAUCAUUCUGACAAGGCAGCCUUGAAACUGUGUUAUGCAAUUAUCAAAUUUGCAGUAAAGCAAUUUAGCCAUGUAAAAAAGAGAAAUUACCCUGCUUUAAAAUCCUAUCAUUUGAAGACAGUUAUCUUGUGGAUUGCAGAGCAAAGUAAAAAACUUCCCUAUGAUAUGUUUACAAUUGACAAUAACAAAACAUUAGGAGGACUUUUACUCCAUAUCAUUUCAACAUAUAGACAACAUAUUUUUCAAGGACAUUUAGAGCACUAUUUCAUGAAAAAUAUCAAUAUAUUGGAGCCCUAUGGAGUUGAAGAGUGUACUGCAGCAAUGCAACUGUUAGAUGAGUUCAAAAUGAAGCCUCUGGCUAUAGUUUCCAAUUUUGACAAUUGCAACAUGAGCCGCUGGAAGUUUGAUCAGUUUUUUAUCAUCAGUCUCCUUGUUGUAGUGGCGUGCCAAUGGUUUAACUUUUACUACUCAAAUGUGGGAAUAAUAUUUGAGCCUGUAAGUGUUGUCAAACAAAUUUACUGGAUAUGUGGUGUAUUUGGCAUCAUACUAAUUAUAAAAAUACUUCUGGAUUGA